AUGGCAAGCGUCGCCUUGAUCGGGUGUACAGGCAUGGUGGGAAGUCACAUCCUAACCAGCCUACUGGCGCACCCUUCUGUUGCGCGGGUGGACACGAUCUCGCGUCGCACGCCCAACGCGGCCAGCGCCGCCCAGGCCAAGCUGACGACGUUCGUGUCAGAUGAUACAUCCAAGUGGGCCAGCCAGCUGUCGGCGCUCACUCCCAUCCCGUCAAUCUUCUUCUCUUCCUUUGGUACGACCCGCGCGGCGGCGGGCGGGUUCGAGAACCAAUACAAGAUCGAGCACGGCUUGAACGUCGAGAUGGCCCGCGCCGCCCGCGACGCCGGCACCAAGGUCUACGUCCUGGUCUCCAGCAGCGGGGCCAGCAAGGACUCCUCGAUCCCCUACUCGCGUAUGAAGGGCGAAAUUGAAGAAGAGGCGAAGGCGAUGGGCUUUGAACACACCGUCAUCCUCCGCCCGGGCCUUAUCUCUGGCACCCGGGAAGAAAGCCGGCCCCUGGAGGCGGCCGCUCGCUACAUUGCGGGCUUUGCCGGAAAGGUGCACUCGGGCUUGAAGGAUAGCUGGGCGCAGGAUGCCGAUGUGAUUGCCAAAGCCGCGGUCAACGCGGGACUCAAAGCCCUAGAAGGCGAUGUUCCCGCGGGGAGUGAGAAGGUCUGGGUGCUGGGUGGAAGCGAUAUUAUCAAGCUAGGAAAGGAGUAG